AUGGUCGAGUAUCUCUAUCAGCUGGACUACGAGGUACGACCUCACUGCCCAGAAACAGACGCUUCUAUCGGCCUAGACGAUUGGACAUUGGACACGGACACAGAAAUGGACAGCACAGAAGCUCCCAGUGAAUUGACUGGAGGUCUAGUGACCACAGUAGAUACAAUAUCGGUACACAUAUUGAUGUAUUCCCUCACAGACCGAAUGUUCAUCGAAGGACUUAAGGUUCUUUCAAAGGAAAAAGUCGAGCAAGAGCUGGGCAAGCGACUGAACUAG